CAGGAAGACAAGGGGAUUUAAAAACCUGCCUGAGAAAAAUUAGAAAGGUUUGAAAUUGACCACGGUGUUAAACGGAGAAUCAUAUCAACAAUAAUUUUGGUUUACAAUCUAAGCUAUCCGUUUAGAAUUACUUACCUGGUCGUGAGUAUGUGAAAGGUUGUUUACUAAUGUUAACUAGCUAAAUUAUCUAGGGCUGUCUCGCGCAACGACGGAUGGUGGUGUGAUCUAAUGUGAGCUUGCUAACAAGUUGCUUAGCAAAUUGUUGUCCACGAAGCUAGCUAGUUGGCACGCUAACUUGUCUAAGUAGAAUGUAUAUAGGCAGUCUAGGCAUAAUGCAAUCAAUUAUUGUUGACAUUUAUCCCGUUUAGCUUGCUAGCGAGUCUGCACGUGACUACUCCUUUUGGAAUGUUGGAUCGCAUCAAACAAUAAUAAAGCAGAAGUAGCUAGCCUGCUCUUCCGUGCUUACAAUUUAGUUGUGCGACCAGUGUUCACAUUCAAUCUAACGCUAAUUUGUGGACUCUGCUAUCAAGAAAAGCACCUUGACCUAGCGAGAAUUUUGUACAGCGGAUCUGGCUGUAUCUAAUUGUUUUGGAACUAGGUAGCGGUUGGCUAAUAAUGGGGCCCCGACAUAGUUAGCCAACUGAUAAUAAUCAUGGGAGGAUGUGUUGGGCGAGAACGUGAGGACACACAGGACCACGGAGCAUCCAGAAGCAGUGGAGGAGCACACCGAAAACGUGGAAGUCGCAAUGAGCCCCUGAAGAAGGACAAGCCCAAGUGGAAGAGUGACUAUCCCAUGACGGAGGGCCAGCUCCGCAGUAAGAGGGAUGAGUUCUGGGACACAGCCCCGGCCUUCGAGGGCCGAAAGGAGAUCUGGGACGCUCUGAAGGCAGCCACCGUCGCCCUGGAGUGCAACGACCACGAGCUGGCUCAGGCCAUAGUGGACGGAGCCAGCAUCACACUGCCUCACGGCUCCCUGACAGAGUGUUAUGAUGAGCUGGGUAGCCGCUACCAGCUACCCGUCUACUGCCUGGCCCCUCCGGUCAAUCUGAUCUCCGAGCGCAGCGACGAGGACCCUGGCGACAGCCCCGAGCCCACAGCCGCCCCCAAGAAGGAGUUCCAGCUCAAGGUGCGCCUCUCCACGGGCAAGGACCUGCGCCUCAGCGCCAGCAUGGCCGACUCCAUCGGGCAGCUGAAGAAGCAUCUUCAGGCCCAGGAGGACAUUGACACGGCCCACCAGCGCUGGUUCUUCUCAGGCAAGCUGCUCACGGACAAGACCCGCCUGCAGGACACUAAGAUCCAGAAGGACUUUGUUAUCCAGGUCAUCGUCAACCCGCAGGCCCCCAUUAACUAGGUCCCAGAUGAAAGGAGGAUCGACGGAGGAGCCCUGGAUAAUGGUUUUACCGCUGAUCUGUAAAACAGAGAGGUGAUUUGGGGAAUUACAGUUAAGAGAUGAACAACAGAAGGGAGAGACUCUGAAGUGCUGCUUUUCAAUGUUUCAUUGUUUACCAUUAAAGAGUGUGGUUCUUUUCAGUGUGUCACUUCUCUAUAGGACGGUUGGUUGAUCGAUCCAGACGUUUCAGACCACUCACCCUAAGGGGUGUUUACUGUCACUCACCACACUAACUUUGAAGUAAAUCAUAGCAGAAUUGCCCUCCAGAUGUGUGAGACUGCAGGCGUGCACGGCAUGUGCAAGGGGUCUGUGUCUGCACUAACCAGGUGCCAAUUGAAAUCGCAGAAUCUUUGACAUAGUUUGUAAAGCACAUGUUUUUCUGUCCCUGCUCUCUACUCUGGUACCCUGUAAUGGAUACUUCCCAUAAUCCUCCCUUAAGUGAUAUACAAAACUUUUUCUCUCAUUGUUUUCUUUCUUUUUUUUGAGUUAAUCUCAAAACAAACUUUUUUGCACAGUUGAUUUGUACUUGCGUGGUAGUUUGUGUGCCUUCAAGGAAGAAAACAAAACAGAAUCCUUAGGGGGAAAAUUAUAUUUUUACUGCUAAAGCCUUCUGUCUCUAGAUUCAGGAAUAAUCUUUUCAUAGAUCUAUACAAAUCCUAAAUAUACUGCUGCGUUUUUCGAUCAGCUGUCUCUAUCAGUUAUUGCAUUUCAAAUGUACAACUGGUGUUUCCAUGGAUGUUAGCCCCAUGUUUUCUCUAAUGGUCGCAUGCGCCCCCCACGCUCCCAUUUGUCAAUGUACUGUAAAGUGACAAUGAUUAGACAGCAUAGCCCAUGUAUGCUGUGCCACAUUACAAUCCUGAGGUGAAAUGGGAAGCUCGAGCUACAGUGAAGAUGAUAGGAGAACGUCUCUCUGUUUUAGUAUAUAGUCAUGGAAGAGGAACAGUGCUUUUCUGGCUGUCUCAGGUGGCACCUCGUUGCACAUGAGGUGCUCCUUUACCCUUCACAUCAGUCCUUUGCUUUUCCAUCUCUCUCUAAGCGCUUGUGCCUCUUUUAUGGCCUCAUCAAAAUAACAUAAACAAGAUACCCCAGUGGUGGAUAGUUAAGCUGGAGGUGGGAAGACUUGUUACCAGGUUAUUGUCAUCAUAGUUAUGCUAUCAUUUAAAGGGAUAUUUUGGCAAUGAGGCAAUUUAUCUACUUCCCCAGUGUCGGAUGAACUCGCGGAUACAAUUUUUAUGCCUUUGUGUUUAGUAUGAAGAAAGUUAAAGGUAGUUUCACAAGCCAAUGCUAACUAGUGUUAGCGCUCUGACUGGAAGUCUAUGGGUAUCUGCUAGCAUGCUAUGCCCUUUAAGGAUUUUAGGUUUGUUGUCUGUAUUGGCAUUUGAACUUUAUCCAACUUUUAGAUCAAACAGUUGAUCAAUGUGCUGGGAAUAUAUUUGUUAACCUUUAUGCAAACUUGAGUAUUUCUCUCAACUUACAAUGUAUGUGCAAUGCAAAAUAGACCUCGUACCUUUUGAUUCUCCCCGUAUUUAAUAUAUAUACAGUAGCAUUAGCUAUGACUAUGUAAAGGUUCUCAGAAACACAACAUAGGAGCCUGCUAUGUUCAGAUUGCUUUGUUGUUGUACAAUCAACCUUUGAUCUUGUUCAGAGUUUCAUAUUGCCUUCAUCUCUGUUUUGAAAUGUUGUCCCAUCUAUGAAAGUGUUCAAAUGGCCACUUUUCUUUUAAUGGGAUGUCCUCACUAUAACAAUCAUGUACCUUGCGUGAAUUGGCUUGGCCCUUGCCCCCCCCCCACUUUGUGACGGUUAGCACAUCCAUUUGUGCUCAGAAAAAUACCUAACUUUGCAAUAGGGCCUUUUUACAGUCUCCCACCUCUUCUGUGUAAAACAUCAGAGACCCAUGUUCUGUUAGCUGUGUUGCUUCAUCUUGUCUCAAUCCGUCCUUGCAGAAUGUGGCUCAAAUGUUUGCUUCAUCUAGGUUCAUUUAGUGCUAUGAGAGGUAACGAGAUACGUCGGUCUAACAUCAAUGUACAGUCCCUACAUCGGACAGCACAAAAAUAGAAACCUCAAUGUAAUCUACGUGAGGGAGCUGCACGAUGUUGCCAGUAAGGACAAAUCUUAUACCACCGAGCAAUGACAUCACACAAGGGCUGUGGUUCGAUCCAGGCCAGGGGAGCAGGAGAGAGAGAGAGACUUCUCUGCUCUUCCUUCAGUUUUCUGAGGCCUGUGAACCUCCCAUCACAGUAGUUGGGAGAGAUUUCAAGUCUAGGAAAGAUCCCUUAUGCAGGCAAUUAAUCAGACACGCGUUCUGUUUUAGUAAGAAUGUACAAGUAUGUUUUGUAUGCAUGAUGCGUGUUAGAUCAUAUGGGGGUCAGAUCAGGAGUUUAAUUUGUAUGUUUCUGUAAAGUCAUAUAUUAGUCAUGGUACACAGGUGGACUCAGUCAUGCAGUAGACUAAAGCUGGUAAUAUGGCCAUGGAUAUUUAUUUGAGUUAUUUUGUGGGUUACUUUAGGACACCAUGUACACUGCUUUAUGUUCCUCUCGGACCUCAGAUACCAAUAAGCCAUUGCAUUUUAAUCAAGCAUUUUCACCAGGGUGGAUCAAGAGGCCUUGCUCAAAGCAGAAACAUGCAAAUUGUGUUUUUGUUGAUGUCCACACGGAUGUAUAAAGAUAUAUAUAUUUAGUCAUUUGAAAAAAUAUAAUGUGAUUAUUAUAUGAGAUUUCUGAUAAUUAAAAAUGCUUACAACAA